AUGAGUCUUGACCUUCAACAUAAGAGCACGCCCCCGUCCCUGGUCCUGCGCCAGCUCAGCCACCAGUCGUCACCAGUUCCCAUUAUACAGAUUAUGGUGGCUUCUAGCGAUCUUAUUGAUUUCACAAGUCUUGGACCUUCUCCACGAAGAGAUCUCAAUUUCCAAGAAUUGACAAAUUUUGACGGAUACCGCUGCGAAACUCACCACGCGACCACGGAAGAUGGAUACAUCCUUGGCAUACAUAGAAUACCCCUCAGUGACUCUUGUCCGUCGGAAUGCGCAGAAAGAGAACCGAUAGUUUACACCCAUGGACUUCUUUUGUGUGGAGACGACUGCAUACUCCCCGGACCUGGGAAAUCUCAUUGCUACAACCUUGCAGACGCUUGCUACGACAUGUGGGUAAUUAACAACAGAGGCAACAGGUAUAGCAGAAACCACACUACACUAAAUCCAGAUAAGGACUCGGAAUUUUGGAACUUCUCCAUUGAUGAAAUGGCCUCGUUGGAUAUGCCAGCUGCUAUCGAUUACAUUUUAGAAGUCACCAAUAAGAAGCAGGUUAUUAUUGUAGCUCACAGCCAAGGCUCAACUAUAUCCAUACUAAUGUGUGCAAAAAGACCUGAAUAUAAUGAUAAAAUUAAGAUAGGUUUUGCUAUGUCGCCUGUUUCCUCAUUGUACGAUGCUAAAAUGUUUGGUUUAGGCAUCAUGAAGGCACUUGCAAAGCUAUUGGAUGGAGAUAACAAUAAAACUCAUUCAGAGAUCUUCCCGCAUGGAGGAUUAGGACAGGCGGCUGCUAUUGGACUAUGUGGAUUCUCAGAGAUACAGUAUCCAGUUUGCAUAUCAAUACUUUUUGCAUCUUUAGGUUAUGAAAAAUUCCAGAUUACACCUGAUACCAUGAGAGCUAUACCUGGACAUAUACCAGAUGGCACAUCUUUGAAAAACUUCGUCCAUUGGGGACAGAUAAAAAAAUAUGGUUUUUGUGAAUUCAACCACGGUCCUAAAGGGAACUUAAAAAAAUAUAAUCAAGAAAUGCCUCCUCAAUUCAACCUUAAUCCAGUGAAAGUUAGGUGGAUACUUUUAGCUGGACUACAAGACAAUGUCGCUGAUGUAAAAGACGCCCAAAGGUUGGCGUCUCAAUUAGAAAAUUCUGAGUUUUGUGUAAUUGAAGAAGAAAAUUUUGGACAUUUAGAUUUCGUUUAUGCUGAUACAUUGACCAAAUACGUCACCCCUCAGAUACUGCUGACCUUGAAAACUGGUAAAUUCACAUGUAACAAAUAUCAAUAG